AUGGACCAAAUGGGAUUCAUGGAUCUGGGAUUUCGAGGCGAUCCAUUCAACUGGACGAACAAUCAACAAGGAGAUGAUAACAUCCUGGAACAACUAGACAGAGCAAUGACAACUCAACGUAGGCCUACAUCCAAUCCACGUGCAGGAGUUACUCACCUACCAAGAAUAGCCUCAGACCACGCCCCAAUUCUGCUCCAAACUAGAGCAAUUGACUGGCAGGGAAGCAAGAAUUAUAAAUUUGAGCACUUAUGGCUUACCCACCCGCAACUACAACAAGCGGUGACUUCGCCUUGGACCAGACUCCAUGACAUGGAUCCCGCGGUGAAUUUGCAGCUCAAGCUUAUUUCAACUAGCGAAUCCUUACCGAAUGGAACAAGGAAACUUCAGCCAUCUUCCCACCAUGAUCAAGAAAUCAACAGAGCAAAUAAAAAAAACUCAACAUCAAUGCGUCAUCCGUACUGGAAAUGA